UUUAUAAAAAUUUAGGGCUCUAUGUUCACACUCAAAUAAAAAUAAAUUUUAAUUAAUUUCAAUUUGAUUCUUUUCCUUUCACAUUAAAGGUUGAAAACCAUCAAUAAUUGAGAGUAGUUUCAAAUGCAAGGCACAUGGCACCUGUUCGCGUGAUUCACAUGCCUCCCCAACAUUUUGACACAUUUACAUAAAUACCACUAAAUUAUUAUGUCGUCACAUAUUUAACACCUAAAUAUUACAUUUUUAUCCAUAUCACCCAAAUCUUCCCUUCAAUGAAGUCCUCCAAAUCCACAAAAAAUAUAUUGUUUACCAUAGUUUUCUAAAAUUAUUGUAGUUUACCAUCAUUCUAACAAAUGACAAAUAUACCACAUUCUUAUACAAUAAUUAUAAAAUAACUGAACUAAUGAUAAAUAAUUAUAAAUAAUAAAAAAAAAAACAUAGCAUUUAAACCUGUAUAAACUCUACCAGUCUCCUCCUCCUCAAACAUCUCAGAACAAAAGGGAAAAUGGUAGAGAGUUUGUCUUCUUUCCUCUCCUCUCCCAUAAUCUCUCUUCUUCUUUAUCCCCCAUUCAUGCUGGUGAUCCUAUCUAUUACAAUACUAGCAAUCAUUUUACCUUCUCUUUUCUUCCCCACAAGAAACAAUGGCAGUGCUGUCCCCCUCCCUCCCUCCCCUCCCAAGCUACCCAUCAUCGGCAACCUCCACCAACUCACUCAACUCCCCCACCGCUCCCUCCGUGCCCUCUCUGACCGCCACGGACCCCUCAUGCUCCUCCACCUCGGCCGCCUGCCAGUUCUCGUCGCCUCCUCUCCUUCCGUCGUUCGUGAAAUCACCCAAACCCAUGACCACCUCUUCGCCAACCGCCCUUUCUUUAAGGCCACCCACGAGCUCUUUUACCGCGGCCGCGACGUCGCCUUCGCCCCUUACGGCGAAUACUGGAGGGAGAUGAAGAAAAUGACUAUCCUUCACCUUCUCAGCAACAAGAAGGUGGAGUCUUAUAAGCAGGUGAGGAAGGAGGAGGUGGCCUUCAUGAUAAAGGAGAUUGAGAGGAGGACGACGACGACGGCGAUGGACAUGGCCGAGAGGUUUAAUGCGCUCUCCAGAGAUGUUAUAAGCCGAGCGGUAAUUGGCGCAACGACAAGGAGGAUGUGGUGGGGGCACAGUCUGAGAAGUCUCAUAACUGAUAGCUCCAGGCUGAUAGGGGAAUUCCAUGUCGGUGAUUAUAUUCCAUGGUUGGGGAGCGCAGCAGGGUUUGUGUGCGGUUUUGAGAGGAGAUUGAGAAAGACAUUUGAGAGAACUGAUAAGUUGCUUGAAGAAAUAGUGGGGGAGCGCAGGAGGGGAAUGGAGAAAAGGAAGGAGGAAGGAGAUGGUGAUGGCACUGAUGAAUGUUUUCUGGAUGUUUUGUUGAGUCUGCAGGAGGAGAUGAAAUGCAAAGGUGUUGUUUUUGAUGAUAUGAGUAUUAAGGCUAUCAUUAAGGACAUGUUCGGUGCUGGAACAGACUCAACCUCCAUCCCCAUGGAAUGGGCCAUGGCCGAGCUCCUCCGCCACCCAACCUCCAUGAAAAUGCUCAAAGAAGAAAUAACCAACAUCGUUGGCUCCAACGAAACCUUCAUCAAAGAAGAACAACUAGCAGAGAUGAGCUACCUGAAAGCAACAGUAAAAGAGGUUCUCAGGCUUCAUCCACCAGGCGCCAUAAUAGUUCCUCGCGAGCUCACAGAAGACACGACCAUCAAUGGCUACAGAAUCCCUAAAGGAACAAUGGUGCUCAUCAAUGCUUGGGCUAUCGGAAGGGACCCGAAGAUCUGGGACUCGCCAGAGGAGUUUCGACCGGAGAGGUUCAUUAAUGGAGAAGGGAGGGAUUUAGGGUUUAUUAAUCAUGGAUUUCAGCUGCUGGCGUUUGGUGCGGGAAGGAGAUCUUGUCCUGGAAUUCAGUUCUCCGUGAGUUUGAUUGAGCUAGCCAUAGCGAAUCUGGUGCAUGUUUUUGACUGGAAGCCGGCGAAGGGGGAGGUGAAAGAUAUUGAUAUGAGUGAAGUUUAUGGACUUACAACUCGAAAAAGGGAAGCUCUUCUACUAAUUGCAAUAAGGGCAGUUAUGCAAAACUAGGGAGAAAGUUUUAAGUAUCAAUUUUUUUUUUUUUUUUUUGGAU